CCACACACUUUAUGAAGAGGGUGACAGACUUAGUCCUUACACAUUCAGUCUUAACAGUAAAAUUCUGCAUGCUUUUAAGGUAUCUUCGAUACGCGUCGUGUGUUUCUACCUUAAUAAGUGAAGAAGAUAUAGAACUAGCGAGAGGAUGCGUCUAUGCAAAUUUUUCUCCCAGACUCCACCUUUCUUGGAGGGGAACCUGGAUCUCCGUUGCUUUACGACAGCGGGUCGUGAAAUGACGAAGUGUUGCCUGGGCACUGGCGGAAGCUAGCCUGGUGCCUUGCGGCGGCGAGGCGAGCUGGGUCCGGAUCCUGAUGCGUACGCGGUGCGGGCGGGUUGUGAGGCGCCCGUGGAGGUGUUUGCGUCUCGCCUUAGGGCUUUAUUUCUUAGACCUUUAGGGUUGUUUUGUUUCGUUCUGUUUUUAAUCUUCAGAAAGGCAAGGGUAAGUCAUCUACCGUUGGGAGUCUGAGAGGCUCCGUUCCCUUCCUUCCCUGCAUCUUUUCCUUUGCACGGACUGGCCUCUUGUGCAGGUUAGCCUCGCGACCCCGCGCCCGCCCGCCGACGUCUUGCCGUCUUACUUGGUUUUCUAGGUGUUCCUCGGGAGAAUUCCAGCCUCCGGGUGGGUGAUCUUUGUUGUCGGGCGGGCCGCACCAGCCUCCCAUCUCGGCUCCCCGGAGGAGGCCAGCUCGUCGCUGCCGCGGGCUGAGCCAUGGAGCCCGAGAGCCCGCGGGAACCGCCCCCGCAGGAAGGCUCCUGCCCGCCGGGAGAGCGGCCUCCCUCCGCCCUCGGGCAGUCCUUGUCUCAGAUCGUGCACCGUCUCACCAGCCAGGAGCCGCGACGCGGCAAGGCCAGGAGUGCGGCGCUUGAGGACCUGAGCGCCCUGAUAGAAGCCACAGAGUGUGACGAGCUAUUGGAGGGGGGCGGCACGUGGCGCCGCGGAAUGCCCGAGGUGCUGGGGCAGGUGGCAAGAGCCCUGGAGAAGUAUGCAGCCCCGCCCAGGGAGCAGGAGGGCAGACGUCGUGCGGACUGCGAGGUGGCCGAGAAAGCGGCCGCGGUUGGGCUACUAUUCCUUAAAGUACUGGGGAGAAUGGAGGCGGCCAAGUCUUCGUUGGUUGGCCCUACGUGGACUGCAGGCCUGCGUCACUCGGCCGCACCCAUCUAUGUUUUCGCGCUCACACACAGUCUGGAGCACCCGUGGACCAGCCCGGGGUCCCGUGAGGUUGCUGGAGAGGUGCUCUCCGUACUCCUUCGGGUUACUCCGUGUGCGUCCGUGGCAGGGUUUCUGCACGGAGAACAUGAAGACGAGAAAGGGAGAUUUACGGCAGUAAUGGAGCUUCUCAAACGCGAUUUGAAUAAGGAAUCCUGGAAGAAUAACCCUGCCACCAAACAUGUUUUUUCAUGGAGUCUACAACAGGUCACCCGACCCUGGCUUAGCCAACAUCUGGAAACGGUACUUCCCCCAUCACUGCUCAUCUCAGAUGACUAUCAAACCGAGAACAAAAUCCUGGGUGUACGCUGCCUCCAUCACAUUGUGCUUAAUGUGCCAGCUGCUGAUUUGCUCCAGUAUAACAGAGCCCAGGUCGUAUAUCAUGCCCUUUUCAACCACCUGUACACACCAGAGUACAACCUCAUUCAGGCUGUGCUCCUGUGUCUGCUGGAUUUAUUCCCCAUCCUGGAGAAAGCCCUGCAAUGGAAGGGAGGUGCAGCUCGGCCCACCACACACUGUGAUGAGGUGCUGCAGUUGAUUCUGACCCACAUGGAGCCAGAGCACCGCCUUCUCCUACGCAGGACCUAUGCCCGAAACCUCCCGGCGUUUGUGAAGAGGUUGGGGAUUCUAACUGUCCGGCACUUAAAGAGACUGGAGCGAAUCAUCAUUGGUUAUCUGGAGGUUUAUGAUGGACCCGAGGAAGAGGCUAGAUUGAAGAUACUGGAAACCCUAAAACUUCUCAUGCAAUAUGCAUGGCCCAGAGUUCCCUGUAGGCUUGUGGUCUUAUUGAAGGCGCUCCUGAAACUGAUAUGUGAUGUAGCAAGGGAUCCAAACCUUACACCUGAGCCUGUAAAGAGCGCCUUACUAGAGGAGGCCACCGAGUGCCUGAUUCUCCUGAACCACUGUUCUCAAGGACAGGUGAAGGAUCUCCUGGUUAAAAUUCUCCAAAGCUGUGAAGACAGCAAGGUGGUGAACUGUAUCCGAAAAGUGCAGCAGGUUUCUGAAGGCACAUCCUACAAUGGAACCUAAAACUGGAAGGCUUUUUCUUCUUGUUCCUACUGUGUAAAUGGAAUUAUUUAAGAAAAAAGGUAUUUUCACACUAAACAUUGUAGCUUAGACCUUUUUGUUUUAGUCCCUUCCAUAGAAGUAGGGAAAGGGGAACAAGGCAAAAAAAUGAAGAUAUUUCUAAAUAAAGUUGGGGGGGGGGGAGGAUGCCAAGGAAACGGGUGGAUAGCAUUUAAAACUUAGAAAUAUUUACACCCACAAAUUCAUCUGUUAAGCUUCUUGGGCUCAAGCUGUUACUUCAAAGCAUAUGCCAACGCUAUAAAAAUACUGUGUUCACAACUCAAGGCCUCCUCCGCUCCCUCCCAGAUUUCUUGCCCCACAGAAGUAGCAUAAAUAUUAAAAACACAAAUAUUGUGUUGAAUACCAUAUGAAAGAGCAAAAACUGGAGGUGUUUACAUGUUCAUGGUACAAGAAAGAGGAUGAUGAAAAUGUUCAGUCCUGCUUAUAAAUGUCUCAAGUCACAUAGUUUUGGCCUUGGCCACAGGCUCUGUCUCCUGCUCAUACUCUAUCUCUACAUAGGCUCGUUUUCUCUGCAAGUGUCCUUUCAAGGGUGUUUUGCCUUUAUGUUUUGCAUUAAGGACCUUUUCUUCUUCCUCACUGGAGGAUUUAUCAUCCUGAUCUUCGUCACUGCUGGCAUCCAAUUUAUCCAUAUCCUGAUAAUGGGGAUGGAAAAAAAAGAAAAUUCUAGAUUCAUCCUCAAACUCCUCUCAUUGUCUUCUCAAUUUAGAACCAGAGAAUUUAUCUGGCUCUGUAUUCAGAAACCUUCUUUUUCCUGAAGGCCAAGGACAAUUUUUCUGCCCAUUAAUCUCACCUCAAAAUCACUUAUGUCACUUUCAUCCACCUCAUCGUCUUCCACAAAUUCUCUUUUUCCCACAUCCUAAAAUAAAAAUUGGUACGUUCAAAAUACAGAAUGAAAAUUCAGCUUAUGCUUCUUGAUGAGUAAGUGUAUAAAUAACAGAUUCAUAGUCUACUUACUAGGCUCAACCAAAAUCUACUUAUUUCUAAGUUUUAAUACUUCUAAAUUAAAAACAUUUUAGGGUUAUCAAUUUCUUUUAAUGAGGUAAAACAUCCUUAUUUAAAAAAAAUCAGUAUACAGAUAGGGCUUUACAAACAAUUCUGUACAUUUAAUUAAACCUAUUAAUUUCAAAUACUGAAAAGGGUUACUACUAGGAAAAAGUACCAUCUGUAUGCCUAUGUGAGCAUACCAUGUGAUUAAGCAACUACCUGCUAAAUCUGAUCUUUUCCUAAAAAAUACUAUAACUCAAGUACCUCCCCUGUAUUAAUAGUGAAAUGAAAUCCUGUAUAAAUUUCAGUAAGUUCCUUUAGCUGAAGAUUCUUCAUUUGUCUCCUUGCAAGAAAAAUUUCAGAAUCCCAGUAAAUACGAUUAAAUUGUCAGUGUGUAAACAGCUUAUUGGCUGAACAGAGCUAACCUCAUGAUAAAGAAAAACGACCAAAGAAUUUUUGGUUAGGGGAAUGAAAUGAUAUUGUCUCCCAAGUUCAUGUAAAGAGAUCUAGUUUUACAAGACUACUGUUUGAUGAAGCAAAACAAACAAACAAGGCUUACUUCUUCAUCUUCAUCUUUUUCCUCAGAAUCUGAAGAGUCACUCUCUGCCUCCUGCUGUUCCAGGGCUUUAUCAAAGGCAUGAAUGGGGAAGUUGUAGAUGUCGCCAUACUGAAGAACACAGAUACACACCAGCUUUAAUGACCUCUCAAUCGUACAUGUGAAAUCCACUGUCCAAUAAGCAUAUUAUUUUUUCCCCAGUGAUUAAAUGAGAGUACUUGAUUUGAUAA